AAACGUUGCCACGCGCUGUUUCCGGGUUUCUUCCUGCUCGUUUUAACCAAGCCCUUGGUCUUAACUGCCCUUUUACCCACAUGUUCUGUUGUUGUUUUGGUGGCGUUUCUUCUGUUUGGCUCCAGUCAUGAGUGCAGUGAUUCCGCGUAUCGAGCAGCUGUCUUCCCGCGUAGUUCGGGUUUUGGGCUGUAAUCCUGGACCGAUGACGCUGCAGGGAACAAAUACCUACCUGGUCGGCACCGGGGACAGACGGGUACUUAUAGACACUGGUGAGCCUGCUGUCCCUGAAUACAUCAGCACUCUGAAGGAGGCACUGAGGAAGUUCAAGACUAACAUUCAAGAGAUCCUGGUCACUCACUGGCAUCACGACCACACGGGUGGUGUGGAGGACAUCUGCAGAGACAUCACUGGUUCUGAUGUCAGAAUCAGGAAACUUCCUCGUUCCAGCCAGGUAAACGAGGCAUCUGAAAACAUCAAGUACACGUACUUGAAAGAUGGAGAUGUUGUCCAGACAGAGGGAGCGACGCUCAAGGUUGUUUUCACGCCAGGCCACACAGACGACCACAUGGCACUCCUUCUGGAGGAGGAGCAGGCGAUCUUCUCAGGAGAUUGCAUCCUGGGAGAAGGCACGGCCGUCUUUGAGGACCUCCACGACUACAUGAAGUCACUGAAGAUCCUGCUGGAGGUCCAAGCCGACCUCAUCUAUCCAGGUCACGGUCCGGUGGUUCAGGACGCUGGUUCAAAGAUUCAACAUUACAUCAGCCACCGGGACCAGAGAGAGCAGCAGAUCCUGGAGGCCAUUAAAGCCGGAGCGGGAAAGUCUUUCUCCUCCAUGCAGCUUGUCAACAUUGUCUACAAGGACACUCCCGAGUACCUGCAUAAAGCAGCCAACAUGAACCUGCUGCAUCACUUAAAAAAACUGGAGAAAGAAGGAAAGAUCAGACAAGUGAUUGAAUCAUCACAGAUCAGCACAUGGAAGAGCAACUUGUGAUACAUUUAUAAUAAUGACCGAAGAGGAUCAGAAUGUGCCUGAUUUAAUGAGUUGUCAGUGACUCACUGAGUUCUUUGCACUAAAAACGCAUCUUUUCAAAUCAGUCAUUCAUAGAAGUCUGCUACCUUUCUGGAAGGAGUUGUGUUUGAUAACUUCAGUGGGUGUUCAUCAAAAAACACCUUACUGCAAAGAAAAAUCACAAGAAUUCUAAUUUCAGUGUUACAAUCAGUACAAAAGGUUAAAGCUCUAAAAACAUUGUAACUUGUUUGAGAGUCACUAGGUGGCAGCAUCUGCUAAUUGUACCUCUAUAAUGAUACACUGAGCUUUUGGAAACCGUCAUAAUUGUAUUGAAUGCAAUGAAUGUCAAGUUAUUAUAUAAUAAAAUGUGAUUUGAUGUAGCGGGGUGUGCAUACAGCUGUGCAUAAUAGGAGUAGUUGUCCCCAAUGGGUGUUUAUAAUUUGGUUCCUACAAAUGACAGCACAAAGCAACCUAAUGAAGCAACAGCAGUCUCAACAUGUGUUUUGUAUAAAAAUAAAUAAUAAAAUAAAAAUUGAAUUGAACUGUGACCAGUGCAGGGUGUACCCUGCCUCUUGCCCAAAGUCAGCUGGGAUAGGCUCCAGCAUAGCCCCCGACCCUAGUGUGGAUAAGCGGCAUAGAAAAUAGAUGGGUGGAUGGAAUUGAACUGUAUGUACACGAUCAACAACUCUGAGGACAGGGGUGACCAAACUGUUUCCAGCAAAGGUUGCAUACAGGAAAAUUAAAGGAUGAUGCGUUUCGUACAUUAAAGAAGCUAACACAAUCCACUGUAGGUCAAUAUAUGCUAAGCUAUUAAACAAAACAUCCACAUCUUAGCUGUGUGUUGUACGUGACAAAGCAAAUAGGCCUAAGUGUAAUAUCUAAUAGGACAUCAAUAAUACAAUACAAUUGUUACAAUAUGGCGAGGGCAAAUUAAAAUACAACAUGUGACGAGAAAAUGGCCCCUGGCCGGCACUUUGGACACCAAUGUUGU